AUGCCUUUCGCCAAGAAUAAAAUUCUUAUUAGUCUUGGCUUCAUGAUCCUAUUCAUUUUUCUCAUCUAUACACGAGCUAAUUUAGCCAUCGAUGUCACUUAUCCUGAUCCUCUUCUUCAAUUAAACGAAGACCGUAAUUCUGGUGAUUAUGUUCAUUAUAUCACCAAACGACGAUUUUUACCUACACGACGUCAAUUACAGCAAUAUGUCAAUGAUGAUUUUAGUAGCGAAAACAAUGAAGAAGAUUCAAUGUUAAAUCGAAAACGAUACUUCCUAAAAUCCAAACGUUAUUUUCUAAAUAGCAAACGUAAUUAUGAAUAA